AUGGUUCUGGGACCAUCCGAGCGAUUUCGAAAUAUUAUCGGCUUUCUUAGCACAAUAUCAACUAUGAUUGGUGUGAAUGUAAUGAAUCCCAACUAUCGAAUCAAUAUAGUGACGCGCUUUGUGAUGUUUGCUAUAUGUGUAUUUUAUAUAAAUCUCAUCUACACCAUCUACGUGGGAAUUGUUAUAGAAGAUGAUUGGACAAUCGUAUUACAAGUGACUGCCUUACUCCCUAGCGCCUUAGAGGGUAUGACAAAGCUUAUAUCGGUUCUAAAGCAUCAAGAAGGUUGGCGUUACUUGGGAAUGGCCUUCGAAUGUGUCUAUGUCGCUUAUGAACAGAAGAACCAAUGUUACAGGGAAUGUCUAAUGAAACACGUUAUUUUAACACGAAAACUGCUGAUAUGCUGCAUACUUAUUUAUUUCAUACCUGCUCUCACCGUGGUCACAUUUCCCUUUGUAUAUGGCGCUAUCUACAAUGAGAGGAAUAACGAAGUCCGCGACUCUAUUUAUAAUGAAUGUUUGUGGUACGAAAUGUCGGUCAUAGAGCAGAAAAUUGUGCUGAUAAUGCUGAUGAAGUCACAAAACACCAUUAACUUAUCGGUGGGCAGGGUGAUGGAUCUAUCUAUGGCUACGGCGCUAAGUGUGACAAAGGCAAUUUACAGUUAUGCAAUGGUUAUUUAUAACUUCUUACAAAAGGAUUCAAUUUCUUAA